CAACAUGAAGCUAAACGAAUUUGACGGCUACAACCCACGGGUGAUUGCACUGCAGAAUAAGUGGCGUACCGUCUGGCAUAUGUCUGUGGACAGGAAGAAGCGCCUGCAGGAUGCUCACGAUAAUUUGCUAGAGCUGGAAAGUUUCAAAAACUUUGACUUUGACCUGUGGAGGCAGCGCUACUUGAACUGGAUCCAGGCUAAAAAGUUUCGUAUCACAGACUUCUUCCGUCGACAGGAUAAGGACAGUGAUGGAUUCUUAAACAGGGAGGAGUUUGUUGAUGGAAUGUUGAAAUCUAAGUUUCCAACUACAAGAACAGAGCUGAAUGCUGUUUUUGACAUUUUUGAUGGUCAGAACAGGGGACUAAUUGAGUACAAAAAUUUUGUGGAGGCCUUGAAAGCUGACAGGAGGACUCGGACAAAGAACAGCAACCGCACAGCAAAGACCAAUGUUGAACUGAUACAUGAAGAGAUUGAGAAGGAGCUGUCGACCUGUCAGUGUCGCAAUCACUUCAAGGCAGAGUGGCUUGACGAAGGAAAGUACAGGUUUGGAGAAAAGCAGAAGACAUGUUUGGUGAGGUUUCUCAACCACACGGUCAUGGUUCGUGUGGGUGGUGGCUGGGUCACGCUGGAGGAGUUUCUGGAGCAGAAUGACCCUUGUAGAGCUAAAGGACGAACUAACAUCGAACUUCGUGAAACCUUAGUUCUCCAAGAUGGCACAUCAGCACCAAACAGCAGCUACACAACUCGCAGAGGCAGUGCCGGGGGCAGAACAUCACCCUUCCCCACCGGUGCCAGGCGACGGCAAAAUGAUACCGGUUACGCUUCAUCCAACUCAUCAG